CACCGUUCUGACAGGUGAGGUCAUUCGGCAGAACGGGAAGACAUAAAGAUGGCGGAUCGGCCUUAGACAGGUGAAGGUGCAGGCAUGGCCCCCAGGAGGCAGUGUGGAGACAGCUUUUAGUGCAGACAGCCCAGGUGACAGUGCCCAGUGGUGGGUGACACCCACCCAAUGCUGGGGAAGCCCCACUCACCAUGGCCCAGUCAUCUGCCAAUGGGGCCUUCCCGAGCAGCCAUGCAGGGGGUGCUCACACAGCUACACGCUACCUGCAUAAAAAGCAGCAACGCCAUCGGGGCAUUAGAUCUUCCUCACCCAUGGGCAGAGUCAUCCUCAUCAACUCACCUGUGGAUGGGGGCGACGAUAGCGAGGAUAUCCAUACAGUCACGGUGGAGAAGAGCGCUGAUGGCCGGCUGGGCUUCAGCGUGCGCGGAGGGUCCGAGCAUGGUCUCAGCAUCUUCGUCAGCAAGGUGGAGGACGGCAGCUCUGCGGAGCAAGCAGGCCUCUGCGUCGGAGACAAGCUGGUGGAGGUAAACGGCAUCAGCCUGGAGAGCAUCACCAUGAGCAGCGCCGUGAAGGUCCUGACGGGCAACAGCCGGCUGCGUGUGGUCCUACGGCGGGUAGGGAAGGUGCCCGGAAUACGCUACUCCAAGGAGAAGACCACAUGGGUGGACUUGAUUCACCGCAGGAUGGUGGUGGAAGAGAGCGGGAGGACCCCCUCGGACACCAGCUCGGACGGCGCCCUCCGCAGGAUUGUGCACCUUUACACCACCUCAGAUGACUACUGCCUGGGCUUCAACAUCCGCGGGGGCAAGGAGUUUGGCCUGGGCAUCUACGUGUCAAAGCUGGACCCAGGAGGCUUGGCAGAGCAGAAUGGCAUCAAAAUCGGAGAUCAGAUCUUGGCUGCUAACGGGGUGACCUUUGAGGAUAUCAGCCACAGCAGUGCUGUGGAGGUGCUGAAGAGCCACACGCACAUCAUGCUGACCAUCAAGGAAGCUGGUCGAUAUCCCGCUUACAAAGAAAUGGUGGCGGAAUACAGCUGGCUCAACAAACUGGCCAACGGCCCCCGCAAGGCCUCCUCCCAGGGCUCUGACACCAACUCGUCCACCUCAUCGCUGUCCUCGGGGACGCCCAUCAGCUCCCUAAGUGGCCUGUCUCACAUUAUGUUCCCGUCAAGCAUGUCGGCCUUCGGCACUGAAAUGGCUGACGUCUGCAUCGCUACAGAGGAGCCAUCGGCCAUCCCAAGCUUCCACAAGACGGAGACCGCCAUCCAGACUGACAUUCUGGAGCCAGAGCUCACCCUGAGGGGGGGUGCCGCCAUCCCCACGGAGACCAGCCGCACCCUGGGGGCCACCUUCCUGCUGAAGGACACGGCCAUUCGGAGCAGCAGCGCGGAAGGAGGGGGACGGAGCCGCGCCAGGACAUUCUCCGUAGGGGACUCCCCCAAGACGGCGGUCCUGAUGGCCCUGAGCAGGCCACCCCGGCCCAUACGGCGUUCCCAGAGUCACAUCACGCUGGCAGAGGAAAAGCAGAAGAAGGAACAGCAGAAGCGGCAGAGGGGCCGUGAGGGCGGGGCGCUGCGGCGUUCAAAGACCUUCGUCAGCCUGCUGUUCAGAGGGGCCCGCAGGAGAGAGGCCUCACGAGACCACAAAGAGCCGGGGGUCGCAGGGAGACACAAGAGCCGCUCCAAAUCUCCGUCCCAGGACAAGGAGCCCUUCCCUGGCUUAGCGCUGCUGGAUGCGGUAGAGGACAUGGCUGAGAAGCUGCUGGAAAAGGACGAGGUCAUCGCAGUACUCAGGCACUGCAGGAGGUUUCUUACAGAGAGGGCAGUGGAGGAACUAGUGCACCCCCUGCUGGUGAUUUUAGACCGGCCAGAGAAGCUGUUGUUGCUGCGGGAGAUCAGAAUGUUGUUGCAGCCCACAGAGCUGGGACGCUUCGACAGCCUGGUUCUCCCUUUCGAGCUGGAGGCUUACGAAAUUCUGAAGAGUCGAUCUGCCAGGUCUCCUGCCUUGCGUUCCCCUAGGGCUGGACUCGCACCCAGACGCCACCUCAUCACACCCAUCCCAGACUACAGGGGAGGCUUCCACCUGCAGCCGACCCAGGAGCUGGAGAGAGCCCGGCAGCUAGCAGAGGAGAUGGCACGCCUGCAGCUGUGCGGGACCCCACUGCUGGAUGUACCGGUGGACGGCCACACCGCUGACACACUCUGCCCACAUCCCACCUCACCUGUGCCGCUACACCCCAACUGGCUUCUGGCCGAGUCCAUCAGAAGUACCAACCGUGCCUCCCUUCGGACAUCGAGCAACGACACGGUCCGCUCUUUGUGCCAUGAAGUGGCGACUGUGUCCCCAGCCCCCGAGAGGGGGAGGUCCCCUUUCCGGAACAGCCACGCCAAGGCCAAGGGGAGUGCGGUGCGCAGCACAGCAAGCCCAGCACACCCGCGGAGACCCCUGCUGUCGCAAGUCUUUGCAACCCCAGUCUCUAUGGCGGCCUCUGCAGGAAGGGAGCAGAUAGACAGGUGUGACACCAGUGCCCGACCCCAAGACCAUGAACUGACCAGUGUCACCAUUUCCAAAACGAAGCAGUCCCUGGGAAUCAGCAUCUCGGGUGGGAUCGAGUCCAAGGUGCAGCCAGUUGUGAAGAUAGAGAAGAUAUUUCCCGGAGGCGCAGCGUCGACGAGCGAAGGGCUUAAGGCUGGGUUCGAGCUGGUGUCCGUGGACAGGGAGUCUCUGCAGGGAGUCACGCACCAGCAGGCUGUGGACAUCAUCCGCAAGGCCUUCAGCAACAAAGCCACAGACCCCAUGGUGUUUGUGCUUAAAGUGCCCAAGGGCCACAGACGCCCAGAGCCGCAGCAGGAAGAUGCCGCUGUGUGACCGAUGCAGGGAAUCACUUGCUGCUUGACUGGGAGUUUGGUGAAAGACCAGGAAUGAUGCGCUGCUGUCACACAGACAGCAUGGGAGGUGCCAGCGAGAGACAUGCUUCACUUGAGCCUUUGUUUUGGUUUUCGACUGAAACAUAACCCAAGACAGGCAAGUGGAAACACUCAGCAACCCCCAGCUCCCACUGAAUGGGGUACACUGCUGAGAUCUAUGGGGCACGGCUCACAUUCACUGAGUGCGAGGGAAUCCCCUCUAUGUCAGAUAUGCGGAUGUAAAGUUAGCAUAGCCUUGCACAAAACUCAUACCGCCACGAUCUGGAGUCGAUCUAGGGGAUUCAAAGCCAAUUAGGCUUAUGGCUUCACCAGCCUGGGGCAAGAAGAAACAACAUAUCAUGGAUAAUCGCAGAGGCUAUAAAGGGAUCCACCAUGCCUACUGUCCUUCUACUGUACUACAGUCAUUAUCUGCAAAUGUCAUGGCUUCUCUGAAU